CUCUUAUAAAGAUCCGCUUAUUUACAUCUCUUUCUUUCUAACACACUCAUGCUCUUAACUUCUCUGAUCAAACCCCAAAUCAACAUCACUUGAACUGAUCUUCUUUGAUUAUGGAGAGUACAGAUUCAUCCACCGGUUCGCAGUUGCCUCAGCUGCCGCCCGGCUUUCGCUUUCACCCCACCGAUGAAGAGCUCGUGGUUCAUUACCUUAAGAAAAGGGUAUCCGGUGCACCUCUUCCUGUGGCCAUUAUCGCCGAGAUCGACCUCUACAAGUUCGAUCCGUGGGAGCUCCCCGCUAAGGCGACGUUUGGGGAGCAAGAAUGGUACUUUUUUAGCCCUAGAGAUCGGAAGUACCCGAACGGGGCUCGGCCUAACAGGGCCGCAAACUCGGGGUACUGGAAAGCCACCGGAACUGAUAAGCCGGUGAUGACGUCAGGCGGUACACAGAAAGUUGGUGUGAAGAAGGCACUUGUUUUUUAUGGAGGAAAGCCACCAAAAGGGGUUAAAACGAAUUGGAUCAUGCAUGAAUAUCGGCUUACGGAUGGUAAAACCAUCUCCAAACCCCAUGGUUCUGAUCCCACCAAACAAAAAGGCUCUUUGAGGUUAGAUGAUUGGGUUUUGUGUCGAAUCUACAAAAAGAGCAAUACUCAAAGACCGAUGGAUAGCGACGGAUGCGAUCAUCACACCAUGACUGGAAUGCUAGCAUCUAUACCUCCAUCCAUCUCGCUAGCCGGCGGCCACCACCCAAUGAUGCAAAACCAAGAAACCAACCUCCUAUUUGAUGUUAGAAUGAACUCAAACGAAACCGAAACCGACAACAACACCAACACCAACACCAACAACAUCACUAACCUCCUUCCUUUAAAGAGGUCACUAUCCGGUCUUUUCUGGACCGAAGAGGGCGCCAACGGCAACACCGGAAACUCAUCAGCCACAUACACUAAAAGGUUUCUAACACCGGAGAGUAACAGUGAUAUAAGCCCCAUGGCCACAAGAACCAAUGAGGAAAACAGUGGUUCUAUAGCAAGUUUACUGAGUCAGUUACCACAAACACCACAAUUGCAGCAGCAAACAAUGUUGGGGUCUAUUGAAGACGGUGUUUAUCGGCAUCCAUAUCAGUUGCAGGGCAUGAAUUGGUACUCUUAGAGAUCAGUUUUGGAAAGUGGGUAUGAUUCCAAAAGGGAUAAAAGUGAGAAACUGCACAUCUUGUUUUCCAUUGGUCACUAAAAACCCUAAAAGGUAAGAAUGAUCUUUAAACUUUUCUGCAACAGUUUAAUCUUCUACAUCAUUUAUAUGUAACUUAACAAGUUAUUGUAAUAUGUAUAUGUAGAAGUAGUUUAUAUAUAUAGCAUUCUAAAAACCAUUAUCACAAUAUUAUAUCAUAUAUAU